UUUUUUUAAAUUUACUUAUUCUUUUUUUUUAUUUUUUUUUGCUUUUCUUGGCAUCCAUGAAUACACGCCACUGUAUUUGGGUGACUGUCGCCAUUUUCGUUUUCAGAGGCUUAAGUUACAGUUGCAUUGAGGGUAGCGGUAAGUAGUGAGAGUAGGUCUAAGGCAAUACUGGUAAGCACCACAUAUCUGGAUGAUAGCAUGUUUUCCAUGUUAUUUGAUAAAUAUAGUUUUUUAAUUUGAUGUGGAUGUUUUGUCUAUGACCCUAUUACCAACAGAACCAAAUACCCGCUCUGCACGACUGAAAACAGGAAAUGAAUGAGCAAUGCCAUGUCAGUAUCACCAAGUCAUUUUAGUGUGCAUGCGCUGCAUCGAGGAUGGCAAUACAUUCAGUUAUUUCACUAUCGGGUUCAGGUCAAACCUGUGUGCCCAUUUUAUUAUGCAAGUGCCAACAUGAUUCCAACCUUGGAAUGCAUGGCACGCGAUAUCACCCACUGCGUGCCCUCCUUUGGUCCAAUGAUGUCCAUGUUUCCCUUUCAACGAGGGGGCCGCCCGUGGAGUCGGUGAUGAGCAAUAUACAUGUAGGUCUUUAUGGAAUAAUAAUAUGUAUCCCAGGGUUGAAGCAUAACUCAUUUGUGUCAAUUACUUCAACACAGACGGGCUUAUUAUAGUAAUGAAAGAUUACUAUGGAGUGGCCUGCCUGACCUUAAAGGGCCCCAGUGGACUAAAGAGACGGUUUUACUGUCACAUACAUCAUGUGUUGUUUUACAGGGUCAACCAUAGUAGUACUGCACCCCUGGAGCAAAGUAUGGUUAAGUGCCUUGCUCAAGGGCACAUCGCUAGGCUACAUGCCGCCUUACAGAUUCUCCUCGGGAGUUUGAGUGGCUUCUCCAGGGAUGAGUGCUGUCGGGUGGGGGGUCAAUGCUCACUGCGCUAGACAAUGACAUACAUCCAUCACGUUGAUGACGUCUAUAAAGUCUCCGAGGACAUCUGCUGAGAGCUGAGGGGAGAACAGAUGACCCGACUGCGGUGAGCUCCACUCCGCCCUCGGCUCCGUGGGCUCCCCUCUCACCUGAAAACUGUCUCCGUCUAGCGGUGCUCCGGCUGAGCGUCAGUGACAGUGACCCAGAGACAAGGAGGCUGCAACAACGGCCUGUAUUAGCAACCACCGCAAAUACACUUUCAGUCCAAGCUCAUUUUAUGCACAACGUACUGCAGGCUAUUGCUUUGAUGUGAUACUACUCUGCCAGUACGGUGUGGUAUAAUUUCACACUGCCUCCGGGACUGACCGCCUGUACGGUGUCCGUUUCAGAAAGAUAUUUGGUUAAUGAUGACACGGUCGUGCAUGACGGGGUAUCCGCAAGGCAUCAAGGAGGAGUGCUCCAUUUGAUUACACAGAAGUUAAAGGAUGCCCGGAGCGCGUGACACGCCCCCAGCGAACUGGAGGGAUGAACUUGGGUCUUCCGCGCUGCUGCACAGCAGUGAGAGUGGCGGAGAGGAGAAGCAGCCGAGCCAACAACUUCCACACUCCCAUUUGUUGCUCUCCUUAAACGAUUCCGCGAAUUCGGUUAUUGAUUCCCCUUCUCUCGCUAGUGGUUAUUAUAUAAUUAUUCAACGGUUGCCUCCGCUGGUGACAUUUUGAGCUGGAGCGGCAGCUUGUGGAUAUGGUGGUGGCACAAUUGUUUAUUUGUGUGUGUCUGUGGUGAGCGCGUGUGUGUCAGUGUGUGUGUGUGUGUGUAUGAUUUUAUGUCCUUUCGCGAUUCAGCUGCGAACACAGAGCACAGUUGUAGGUGUGGACUCGGCCCAUACAGUCAUUGGUCUCCGAAGUGGAUCACAGUCGCGCUUUUCUUGAAGAGCUCGAGCUCUAGGAGGGAUAAAGACGCCGGAGGCCCGAGCUGAUCUUCAGGGUGUUGUUUGGCUAGAUAAAGAGCUCGAGAAUGUUCUUGUACAACUGGAUCCAAGUCUUUCCCGGUGUUUGGAGCACGGAAUUACUCCCGUUUUGAACUUGUUGCUGGUUCGUUUCCACCCCUUUGCCAAGGGGAGAAUAUUCUGCAUACUUUUGUGUGCAGAGAGGAUUGUUUUAUAUUAGAAAUAGAACGGAAAGCUUUAUUUGUCAAACCAGUCGCUUUUACGCAGAGAUGUCCUCUCGCCGCGCUGUGGUUCUGUGAUCGCCCACCGGAGCGUCGAGAGCUCUUCACCGGGACCGGGUCGCAUACAGUGGGUCACCAUGGCAGCGGGAGUGGCGGCGUGGUUACCAUUCGCCCGGGCGGCUGCUAUAGGAUGGAUGCCGGUAGCCAGUGCGCCCAUGCCGACGCCCCCACCUGACAACCGGCGAAAACAGGACGGGCUCAUCUUGCUCAAUGUCAGCGGUCAGAAGUUCCAGACGUGGCGGAAUACAUUGGAGCGGUACCCGGACACAUUACUGGGCAGCACGGAGCGGGAAUUCUUCUUCCACGAGGAGACAAACGAAUACUUUUUCGACCGUGAUCCGGAUAUUUUCAGACACAUUCUGAACUUCUAUCGUACUGGGAAGCUGCACUACCCGCGCCAGGAGUGCAUCUCGGCCUACGAUGAGGAGCUGGCCUUCUUUGGGAUCAUACCGGAGAUCAUAGGGGACUGCUGCUAUGAAGAGUACAAGGACCGGCGGCGGGAGAACCAGGAGAGGAUCCAGGAUGACGAGGACAGCGAGAACCAGAACGAUAUGGUCCCGCCGGAUAUGACAUUCCGAGAAACCAUGUGGCGGGCCUUCGAGAACCCCCACACGAGCACCAUGGCCCUGGUGUUUUAUUACGUCACCGGCUUCUUCAUUGCUGUUUCCGUGAUGGCCAACGUGGUGGAGACGGUCCCGUGCGGGACUUUGCCAAAUCGGGUCAAACAGGUGUCGUGCGGGGAGCGGUACGCCUUGGCAUUUUUCUGUCUGGAUACGGCCUGCGUCAUGAUCUUCACCGUGGAGUACCUGUUGCGUCUAAUGGCGGCGCCCAGUCGCUGGAACUUCAUCAAGAGCGUGAUGAGCGUCAUCGAUGUGGUGGCCAUUAUGCCCUACUACAUCGGCCUGGUCAUGACGGACAACGAGGACGUCAGCGGGGCCUUCGUCACCCUGAGGGUCUUCCGGGUUUUCAGGAUUUUCAAAUUCUCCCGCCACUCUGCGGGACUGCGCAUCCUGGGCUACACGCUGAAGAGCUGCGCCUCGGAGCUGGGCUUCCUGCUCUUCUCCCUCACCAUGGCCAUCAUCAUCUUCGCCACUGUCAUGUUCUAUGCCGAGAAGGGCUCCUCAGCCAGCAAGUUCACCAGCAUCCCAGCAGCCUUCUGGUACACCAUCGUCACCAUGACAACUCUGGGAUAUGGAGACAUGGUUCCUAAGACCAUUGUAGGGAAGAUCGUUGGUUCUGUCUGUUCUCUGAGCGGUGUGUUGGUCAUCGCCCUGCCUGUGCCCGUCAUCGUGUCCAACUUCAGCCGCAUUUACCACCAGAGCCAGCGGGCAGACAAGAGACGCGCCCAAAAGAAAACCAAGCUUGGUAGAAUUACCGCGAGGAAGAGUGGAGGGACUAACGCUUAUUUGCAGUAUAAAAGCAACGGGCUGCUGAGUGACCUCAUCGACGAGGCAUCAAAGGCAGCAGGCCAGGCGCUGGUGUGCAAGGCCAACCCCAUGUUCGAUACGCACCACAAUCACCUAUUGCACUGCCUGGAGAAGACCACGAAUCAUGAGUUUGUGGAUGAGCAAACGUUUGAGACCAGCCUACUGGAGGUUCACAUGGUGAAGCACCCGCCUCACUCCCCCUCCCUCUCCUCUGGCUCCUCCUCCCAAGGCCUGUCGUGCUGCUCGCGACGCAACAAGAGGAAGAGCUUCAACGUGCCCAACUCCAACAUGACUGGAGGGCAUAGGAACAGCAUCCAGGAGCUGAGCACCAUCCACAUCAGAGAGAGACCCAUCACUAACAGUCGCUCCAGUCUGAACGCUAAGUUUGAGGAGACGGUGCCUCUGAACUGCAAGCAGCCCUACAUCACGGCAGCCGUUAUCACGCUGCCCACGCCGCCCGUCACCACGCCCGAGGACGACGGCUCUGCCUCCUCCCCUGACUACUCACAAGCCAACAUCGUCAGAGUGUCCGCCCUCUAGGCCCCUCGCCCCCCCCACCACCACCACAUCACCAUGGCAACCCUAACACGGAGAGAGCGAUAGAGAGAGAUAGAGAAGAGAGACCCUUCCCUGCUCCAAUCAGAGAACGUGUUUGCAGGAGGGUAAGGGGAGGUGUGGUGUGGUGGUUAAGGGGGACAGUUUAGGCUGCAGGACCCUUUUUGUUUUCCUACACGUAGCUACUGCACGUCUGCUCUUGUGGUGAAAUAAAGUUGCAGUGUAAAGCUGCAACACAAAGCUCCGCCUUGGAUUUUUUGGUGGGGGAGAGACUGCGUUGCCUUGGCGACUGAGAUUGGCGCCUUACAACGGACACACAAAUGGAGAGCGUUUAGCCACCUGGCUAGCUAACUAACUAACUGCAGCUACUCCUUCCAAACACUCUUCAAGGGAAAACUUACCAUUACUAUUUUUUCUAUAUUGUGUGUCUUUAAAUGUGAUGUCUUAAAACCGAAAUGGGGGAGGUGGAAUUUGUAUUGGUUUUUAUUGUUUGUUAAGGCCGUGAGUUUGACUAAAGCAGAUGUGUAUUUGCCAUGUUCUGAAAUGUGUGGAGUAGGAGAGAAAAGAAAAAGUAAUUUAAAAUAUUUUGACAAAAAGGAGAGCAAGGGGGUGUAUGCACUGUGUGUGCUAUGUGUGUGUACAUAUUUUCCUACCUUAUCAGGACCAGAAUGUCCGGACAAGUCACCAAAAUGUCCUGACAUGGUAAGAAAACUAGAAAAUGUUUGAAAAGUCAGGACUGAAUUUGUUAAAAUUCUAUUUUAGGCUUAAGGGUUAGGUUUAUGGUUUGGGGUUAAGGUUAGGAUUACGUUUAAGGUUAGGGUUAGGAGUUAAGGUUUAGGGUUAGAGGUUUGUGGUUAAGGUUAGGGUUAAGGUUAGGUUAAGGGCAGAGUAUGCGAGUGAAGUGGAACGGAGCUGGAGCGUAGCGAGUAGCGGAGCGUGCUCAAUUUGACUGGAGCGUCAUCCUUCUUGCCCGCUCCAAUUUUGCUCCAGUAGCGCUCAUUUCACAAGCCCAGGGCAUGCCCGGGUAAGCAUGCAUGUUUAGUCUACUUGUGUGCUGCUAUAGCCCCUUUCUUUAGCUACUGGCAGCUGCAAAAUCAAGGUGACUUACAAAAACAACGGCCUAGAGCAAAAGAGGGAGUGCAGUGAUGUAGUGUGCAGUGAUGUGUCCACAAAUAAAGAAUCAUUGUGGAAUCUGAAAAGACACAUAUCCCGAAAGUAUGAUUGUGUACUUAUGACGUGCACAUGCUAAAAGAAAGGAAAGUGUGGGUAGCUAAUUGUGUCAUUGUAGCAAAGUAUUUAUAAACUAGAAAUCAGAUCUCUUAAAAGUUUCCUUCAUUUUUGCUUGAUUAUCGGUACAAUAGACCAUACUUGAUUUUGUCCCAAUAGGCCUGGCAUAUUCCAACUUUCAAGGAGCUUUUCGUUUUGGUUGGGUUAUUUUGCCUAAAAACCUUUAGGCAGUGGUGGGAAAGUACCGUAUUGUCAUCAGUGAGUAAAAGUCCUGUCCUGCUCGGCAUUACAAAUAUAGUGAGCACCUUUGGGUGUCAGGGAAAAUGUAUGGAUUAAAAAGUACCUGAUUGUCUUUCGUAAAAGUGAAAGUUGUCAAAAAUAGAAAUUGUAAGGUAAAGUACAGAUACCCCCAAAAACUUCUUAAGUACUUUACACAACUGUCUACCUUGGCCUACCUAUGAAAAAAAAACGGAAAAAAAAACUGCCCAGCCUAGCAAGAGUGGCCAAAAGGGUGUUUAACAUCCAUAGUGGCUCUGAAGCGCGGAUAGGAUAUUCUCCGCUGCUGGCCUGUUAUCCAGGCACCUGACCCUGAAGGCACAGACUCUGGCUAAACUGUCAUUUUUGGUUUAAUUUGUAUUUAAUUCUAAGUCACAGCCGAUAUGCGCAAUUUAUAGACUAUAAUGGUUUAAUACAACAAAAUGUUGAGCGCUUAAUGUUCCUGACUUCCUACCAGCCUAGUGUGUCGCAUUCGCAAAUGCUUCACAAUGCAAUUCUUUGUAGCCUAUAGCCUUGAAAUAAUUGGAAUAAUAUAGCCUAAGUACUUCAUUUCCGUUCCUUCUUAGGCUCCCUGUCUGGCUCCUGAUCUAUUUCGAGUGUUUAUCAGUGUUGUAGUACUCGAGUCUCAAGUCCGGUCUCGAGACCACAUAUUGACUGUCUUGGUCUUGUCUCGGUGUCGGGUACAUUUGUAUUCUGUCUUGACUCGGUCUAGGACAGUGAGGACUCAAAUUUCUCCAGAGACCAGCCGAGACCAGCGAAGUAAAAAAACAAAUAAUAUCAGUUUAAAUUCAAUCAGCGCAUAAAACUGCUUCGCCAGGCCAAAUAUACACUCCUUUCUUGAAACAUUAAUACAGUAUGUUAACAGACUUUAUAUCUAUUAUAGACAUGUUUGCGCAGUGGCGAACCUAUAGGCCUUCGGUGUGUGACAGGUUCGUGAUUCUGAAAGGACAGCAACCGUAAUACCAAGCUAUUCGCAGGUAUAAGCCGUGUACCCACUUUUUUUCAGUGGGCAUUGCGUAUACUGACUGCUUAAUCCCUACUGGUGCAUAACAAAGUAGUGUAGUGGAGGUACACGAUGUAUCAAUUAUGUGGUACAAUACAGACAUCAUGCACAAUGUAGCCAACACAAUCACAAGUGUUGGUUUGUAGGCAAUUUUUGAUGCGCAAUUAUCAUGUGCUGCUUGCAUCAGGGGCAUAGACAUGGAUGGGCCUGGGUGGACAGAACCACCUACUGGGGAGCCAGGUCCACAGGCUCAUCCAAUCAGAUUGAUGUAAUUUAAGCAUUGUUGUGAAUUUAGGCCAUUACAUUUUUGUAUUUUUUCAAAUUUUGAGAGUGAAAAUCUGAAAAAUCUAUAAAACACAGGUUGUCAUUCCUUCGCUGGGUGGGCCGUUUGGGAACUUUUUAGCAAAAUGUGAGUAUACCUACUACACCACUGCUUAGGGCCGAUGGAAAGACAGCAGUCACACACAGCAUGGUGAUAAAGGAUAAGCAGCCCUUAAACUCGGACAUAAUAAGCCAGUAGGUCCCAAUCAUACGAAUACAAAACACAACCAUUAAGCAUUUCCCAAUCAAAAUGUACAACUAUUUCCUCCAGUUGCAAAAAAAUAUUUCACGUUUAGCACCGAUGGCAGUGGAAAUGACAGGGUUUUAACUACUUUGCAGAUAUAAAACAUACAGACAAUCAUAAUAUCAGUCAAAAAUAGAAAAUUCCCAGUUUAUGCUACAAAACCAACUUUCUAAGAGAUUUGAAAUAGUUUACAUUUGACUCAACGUUCCAUGACGUACUCUAAGGCCUUGUUGGCAGAAUAGAUGGAUGCGGUUCAAUGCAUGAUUAAUAUAAUGAGUGACUUUUUCCCCUCGUAUUGUUUUUCGGUGGCUAUACAUAGCUAGAGAUGCAUGUGUCAUUUGGUUAGCUAGCAAGAACUUGAACGAGUGUUAUCCAGUUAGCAUACAGUUGAAGUCAGAAGUUAAUGACUCCGACCUAAGUGUAUGUAAACUUCCGACUUCAACUGUAUCUCUUGCGUUUGCAAAUUCACUCUGGCUAUCUCCUCCAAUUUAAGAGCACUCUCGUCUGAGUGUGCCAGAGUGGAAAACAACCGAUGAAUUUACGAAUGUGCAACACCCGCUGAAUAUGACCAGUGUCAGUAAACGUAGACAAAAAAAGUAAUAGUUAGUGAAGAACACUCUAGAUAACAUGUAAACAGCCUAACCAGCUCUGCUACAUUGAGUAAAAUGGUCAGAGUGAGGUAUUCUCUCAUUUGUGUCUAGAAGUAGCUAGCUAGCAAGUUAGCCAACUUUAACCACUUAGCUUGGGUACUUUGUUGGGACAAGCAUGCAUUGGCAGGCAAGCUGCAGAAGGACGAGGAGACUACAGUUUUGUGGCUUUUGGCGAAUGCGUUCUAAUGAUAUAAUGUCGCGCUGUUGCAUCUGCCGGUAAACACACAGUCCAGUUCAAAGUGAAUGAUGGCAGGCCCGUGUGGAAAAUGGCUUGUUAAAAGGCUUACUGUAGCUCUGAUUGGCUAUAGCUCACCGGUGUGUAGACUCCAGUCCUGGACAAGACAGAUGUUUUCAUUCGGUUUUAUUUACUGCAGUGUCUAUUAAUUGAUAACAACUGCUGCAAACUAGCCGACAACAAAUGCUACCUAGCUAGACCGUGGGAAAACUACUGCUCGCUAUUGCGUAGUGACCUGUUGGGCCGUCAAGAAGGCAAAAGUUUCCAUACAUUUUGGAAAAAACGGUCCCAACUAUUAAGUCAAAAUGUGAUUGGUUGAUUCCACUGUCACUCCAAAAUCUUGCCCUAAUACAGUUGAAUGGUGGAUGCAUUUAUCUAGAUUCUGAUAGCCAAGGACUGACUUAGCUAGCUAGAUUCAUCUCCCCAGAGACCAGCAAAGAAAAUCCUGAUUGGAUCUUUUUCUCUUCAGUGUUAACCCUUUCCUUUUCAACAAAAACGAAAUAGAUUAAAUCAGAACAUCAUUGAAAAUAAUAUGAUUAUCAUUGUUAUUAUAUUAUUAUAAUAAUUAUUUUAUAAAUCCUUAGCACUUGUCUGAAGGCUUAGAAGGCCCAUUGUUCCCCACUGUGUUUGGGUUAGUAAUAUGUCUCUAUUUUCCUCAACAUGCAUUUCUUCACUAUUCUGAAUGUCUAAAGAAUCCACAUGUUGUUCUGAAAUAUGAACCCAGAAAUACUGGACAUUUUGAACUCUUAUUAUGGUGUUGAUUUGACAAAAUUGCAAUCAUGAUCUCACAUUUUUCUGGUCUCAUUUACAUUUACAUUUACGUCAUUUAGCAGACGCUCUUAUCUCGGUCUUGACUCGGUCUCGGACCCCUUGUCACCCUCCUGGUCUUGGUCUUGACUCGAUCUCGCUUUAGGUUGUCUCGAACACAACACUGGUUUAUAUGCUGUUUAAUGUGACAUAUAGUCUAUUUGAAAUGAUGAGCACUUCUUACAUUCACCGUUGCGUUUUUAUUAUAAUACUUUUCAUUCAAAUCAUAUGGUUUGGUUUCAAUACUUCAAAACCAAUUAGUAGGUCCAGGUAGUCACAAAAAUAGAUAGUUGUUGGCUAAGUUUUGAUUUUAAUGAAUGGUGCGAAUUUGGAGCAGCAUUUUUCUUUUCCGGUGACAGAGGAGCAUUUUUUAUGGGAGCGGUUGGAAAGGGCGUGGAGCUGUGUGCAAGCACAACUCCAUGAGCAGUGAGCGGGAUUUCCUACCGCUCAACUCCACUCACAUACUCUGGUUAAGGCUUAGGGUUAGGUUAGGGGUUAGGGAAAAUAGUAUUUUGAAUUGUAAUACAUUUGUACUCCCCAAAAAGUAUUGAAAAGUGUGUGCGUGUGACUGUACAUGGUUUCCAACCUUAUCAGGAUCGCAAUGUCCUAACAAUUCACCAGAAUGGCCUGAUAAGGUAGGAAAACAAGGACAUUUUUGAAAAGUCAGGACUUUUUUCAUGUCCUGAAUUUGCUAAAAUGCUAUUUUAGGCUUAAUGGUUAUGUUUAGGGUUUGGGGUUAGGGUUAUGUUUUGUGUGUGCCUGUGUAUGUGUGUUUUUAGUUUUACUAUUCUGGUGGGGAACAGAAGUCCUCACAAGGAUAGUAAAACAAGGAACAUUCGGACAAGUGGAAACAUUUUGCCGGUCCCCACAAGGAAAAAGGCUAUUUUAGGGGUUAGGUUUAGGGUUAGGUUUACAUUUAGGGUUAGGGUUCAGGUUAAGGUUUGGUUUAAGAGUGUUUCUGUUUGUGCUGGUAUCAAACCUUGGGUUGAGCAGGCCUAUUGCAACUUUAUGCUCUGUCUGUAUAUUGCAAGUCAGUGUUAAGGUUAGGGUUAAGGGUAAGGAGUUAGGGAAAAUAGGAUUUUGAAUGGGAAUCAAUUGUUUAGGGAGGGCUACUGUGAGUGGGGGAGGGCUUUGUGUGUGUGUGUGUGUGUGUGUGUGUGUGUGUGCGUAUGACCCCAUUGCUCUCACCUGUAUGUGUAUGUGUGACAUUAGCAUGAGCAAUAAGGGUUGAGUCCUCAGUGUGUGUGCUGUAUAUAUUGGUGAUCUAGCAUAUCACACUCUCCCUUUCUCUCAGAGCUGACUUACUUAUGUACCUACUCGUAUGAAAGACAUGAUUGAUCCUCUCCUGUCCGUCCUGUCCUCUCUAACCGAAUGGCCAUUGUGAAUACUGAAUACCUUUGAUGCCAUUUUGAAACUAUCCUUCUCUCUCAACCAGAGUUGACUACUUCAUUUGUCGUGGUUUAUCGUUCAAAGCAGCACCCACAUGAUGCCUGACCUCGAAAUGGGUUUAUUGUUUCUUUUAUUGAGGGUUUAUUGAGGUUUUUAUAGAUAUAUCGAUGAGUUUAUCCAAAAUCCAAUGUUGUGUUUUGUCUUGUUUUAUGCAGCGUGGACAUGCUAAAGCAGAUUGACUGAGGGGAAUAGAAGAAGUCUUAUAUGAACACACAGAUAUUUGAGUCCAUUCCAUUUUGAUACAAAGAUGAUUUUCUUCUGAAUAUGAGGAUAAAACUGUGAUUAGACUUUUAUUUUGAAGGUCUCUGUUCAUUUGAAGUGCAUGUUGGUUUGCUACAGACAGUAUGAAGUUUGUUUUGUUCCUGAUUUGUACCACACAAGCCUCCAUACUUUAUCACCAAAUGGGGGUUUGGUAUGGAAAAUGAAAUUCAAAGUGUAAAGAAAGCUCCUGUACCAGUUUACCAAACAUGAUUGACUGAAAGUGUUUAUUGAGCUGACGCUCUAUGAUAAUUCUAUCUUGUCGUGACUGACAGGGCUCAGCUAUCAUCGUAGCUAGAACACUCUCAGCGCUUGGCGGGGAUGGAAUCCUGUAACCAUUCCAAAUCAGUACAACAAAAUCAAUGCAAAUGCAUUGAAUGAGACUUUAAUAUCCAGUGAGCUGAUUUAACGAUAUUCUAUUUCUCGGCUGUGAGAUCUCGGGAGGUUUUAUCGAGAACUUGUCGUUUCAGAUGACGAUGGAUAUUUUUCUUUUCCGCUUUUACGUUUUCCAAGAUGGCUGACGUUGGUGGACUGAACGUGGCUCUUGAGACUGCUGAAGCGAAUGCCACACCCCCUGCUCCAACCCCUGCCUCUUUCCCACCACCUGCCCCCAAACCUGUCCACUUCACCAUCACUGCUUGACUAUGAUGUGACAUAUGCAACAAUUUUUUUGUUUGUUGGUAAAGAUAUGCUUUGUAUCAGAGAGCAGAGGGAGUGGGAGGGAGACAAUAGAGAAACACAAAUACAUAUUUUUUAAAAUAUCAAAUGAAUUUGAAAAUCAGUCUUUUUUUGUUCAUGUAAAAAGAAAAAAAGAAUUACAACUGUUGCUAGUACACAUGUGCUGUAAAUUGUUCUUUGGUGUAGUAAAAAUCAUCAUGGUUUAGUCGUUUUUAAAAAUAAUUUUCACCGAAGGUUCUAGUAUCUUAUUUUAGUUAGCCUUCUGCUCCACCGCAUUUUAAGAACCGGCUUAAUAUUUUUCUAAGAGAAAAUGCAUGCGUUUGAUGGAGAACUUUGGGUUUAGUGUUGCACAAGGACAGGCGUUGUCUCUGGAUGCAUCCCAAAUAGUACCCUACUCCCUAUAGAGUGCACUACUUUUGAUCAGGGCACAUAGGACUCUGGUCAAAAGUAGUGCCCUAUAUAGGGAGUAGGGUGCCAUUUGGGACACAGCCUCUGUCUUUCAGUUUCCAUGCCUAAGUGAAAAACUUUUAGGGGUGAAGGAGUGUACUUAGGUCUUGUACAUGAGAUUAUGUAAAUUGAAGAAAUUAAAAGGAUGAUUAUAUGACGAUUACUUUUGAUCUGUUACAGCUUGUGUUGACAAAAAUACUGUAUAUGAAUUAUUGAAAAGAUAUUAAAAAAAUACAAUUCAAUUGUUUAGUCCGGUGCAGUGUCUAUGAGUAAAUAGAAUAAAUCAUUGUCCUAUUAAAAUACUUA